AUGCCGACUCCGACCCCUAACAGGCACGGGACCAUAGUAUUCUCUCCCCCGGUUCACAAUUCCACCACCCCUACACCUCCCUCUCUCUUCGAUUUCACGCUACAGCCACAGCAAACCGACGCUGUCCUCCCGUCCGGUCCUCACAUGCCCCGACUAGUUACGCCCCGGCAGGCAACCGUUGUACUCUCAAAGUUCGAGCUAUUGUGCGCCCAAGGCGCGGCGGGGGAGGCCGCGUUGCGGACAACAGCGCAAGGGCGUGCGGGGGCGGCGACUGAGGUGGACGUCACCUCCUCACCCAUCCCGCCAGUAGCACUUACGCCUCCUUUGCGCCUCCCGACCGACCACCCGGUAUCAUUACCUUCGCCCCCUCCACCCCGUACACCACCGUCUCCACCUACGUCACCCCCGUUCUCUUCCUCGUUUUUUCCUCUUUUACGAUCACGCGCUCCCCGCUGUGCCCCCGCUCCCCGCUCUUUCUUGGCAUUCGUGUCACAUUCAGCCGCAUCUCCUCAUCUCCUCUCCACCCACCUAGCGUUAACCCUCACUCCCUCAUACGCUCCUCCUUUUGCUCUCCUUCUCCGCUGCGCCACUUCCCCCCCCCCCACCACACAUGCAUCCUGCCCCAUCCCGUUACAUUCCCUUCCCCCCCCACAUGCUGUCCUGUAUGUCACCCCAAUUCCACCUUGGUCGCCUCCUACGUUCGCGUCACCUCCUCUAGCCCGAAAGCUGCUUUCCCCGCAUUUCCAUCGCCAGUCCCGCCCCAUACACCUGCCCAUCUCGACUCCGCCCUUCCCGUCCGUUCCUGUUCACUCGCCCUUAACCACCACAUCCGGCGCCACGCUCCCUCCUCUUCCCCCACUUCCCGGCAAGUUCCAUCCCUAG